UGAAGUGUCCAAUUUCUCAACCAAAAGUGCAUCUCUUGCAUUUGGUGUAUUCGUCUGUAACAUUAAUUGCUGCGCUCAGCUGUUAUUGACAGUCAAUUGUUGUGGAUUUGUGUGAGGACACCUGUUCGCCAAGACAGGUGUUGUCUUUGCCCAUAAUCCUGGAGGCACAUGUUGAGGUGUAAAUAUAACAAUACACAGCAAUUAAUACAUACAUUUGAAGAGGUUUACUAUAACCCCAAGAAGAUCUAGAAUCACGAUCCCAAGUUUACUUGUGGUAGGUGGGGUAGACAUCCUGAUACUCCCUCCCUGGCAUGUGGAGAUUCUAUAAAUUCUGAUUCUAGGAGAAUGUAUAGCAAUAAAUCUGCUUUGUAUAGUACAGAAUGCAGUUUUACUACGUGCUAGUGUGUGUGUUGAUGCUACUCAGUCCUAGUCGUCAAGCCCCAGUCGUCUCACGGCCCAGCGACUACAGUGUUAGUGUGGUGUUUGACAAUCAGUGUGCUUCCAGGAAUGACGUCGAGGAAAUUGCAAGAGCACAGAAUUACGAUUUAGCACGAACUGUACUACGAACUCAUGUGCAAUUCCACCGUGAGCAGCUUGGAAAAGUGAGAUAGAUGACUCUCUCUUGGAAGGAAAUGAAACUGAAUAUUCUACUAAUGAAAAGAUCCUCGAAAAUAUUUUUGAAUCUCUUAGCAAUUUGACAAAAAAAGUACAAUGUCUCAAACAACAGAAUUCCAUGGGGUCUUCCAAUACUCCAGCUUCAUCCUGUCAAGAUCUUUACGCGGCCUCAAAACUAUCAGAUUAUUAUUGGAUACAGGGUGGCCCUGGUAACCCAGCAGCAAGGUUACUGUGACAUGGAUCGAACCUGUUGUGGUAGCAGAGGAGGAUGGAUGAAAGUGGCUGACAUUGACAUGACUAAAUCGAAUCACCAAUGCCCAGUCGGAUUUAAAUUGAUAACUAGGACAACAACACCGUACCGUGCAUGUGGUAGGCCGGACCGUCUUAGUGGUUGUACCUCCACCACUUUCGCUACUAAUGGAGCUAGAUAUUCUCGUGUAUGUGGUAGAAUACUGGGAUAUCAAAUUGGCUCUCCAGAUGCUUUCAGUCGACAGUCCAGAGGUAUUGAUAGUUAUUACAUUGAUGGUAUUAGUCUGACACAUGGACAGUCUCCACGAAAACACAUCUGGUCGUUUGCUGGUGCGGUGAAUGAAGGUUCGUAUUUUUCUACUAGCAUUUGUCCUUGUUCGAACAAUGGAUAUCGUGGUACCGUGCCUUCUUUUGUUGGUAAUGACUACUUCUGCGACUCUGCUAUUAGAGGAGAGGGCUCUUUCUCACCUGGUCUGUUUUAUCCGAGUGAUCCACUCUGGGACGGUCAGGGAUGUGGGGCUACCAGUACUUGCUGUGCGUUCAACAACCCACCGUGGUUCUGCAAGCAACUCUCUCAACCGACUACAGAUAAUAUAGAGUUAAGGAUUUGUGGUGGCUCGUCAAAUUCUGCAGAUGAUUCGCCAUUUGAAGUUGUUGAACUUUUUGUUAACUAACUGUCCAAAUGUGUAGCUCAAUUAAUGCAUGCAUGUAUAUAAUUAUUCGUGUGCAAUUGGGGUGAUUUUUGCGCACAAUGGUAUGGUGAUCAUUGUGUGAGGUAUAUAAUAGACUCUCGCUAAUCCGGCUCUCUGAAGUAUGGUCACCUCGAUAUAUACCGGUUGUUUCGUUUGGCACGGAUUGCUAUAUAGCUUGAUCUUUACUGCACACUUGAAAACUCGCUGAUUUCGUAUAUAUAUAUAUACUGGUCAGUUCUGCCACAAACUAGAUUUUUUAUUACGACUGGAUAUGACGUUUUGGGUGUGCGUCGGAUUACACUUAAAUAAAGAGCAUAAAAUUAAUGACUCGUUAUCUUAGAGACAGAACCGCAAAAUUAGUCAUUAGAUUUGAGGUAGGAUUGCUUUUUAGCUGCGGCUAUUUUCUGAUACAGCCACCUCGAACUUUGCAAGGGUUGAUCAAUUUGCAAUCGCAAAACCUAAACUAUUACUAGUAAAUACACACGACCCUUGCCAGAACGCAAUAGUUAGAUCGCAAAAGGUCAAAUGUUCUGCUGAUUUGGCUCAUUCGCAAAAGGUUUUUUACCCGCUACUUCCUUGUAAGAACGCUUUUGAUUCUAGGAAAAGUUUUAUAGCUGAGUAAAGUAGAUUGAAGCCUCUUUAUGAUACGCCAUUUGAAGUUCAGUGUGGAACUAUUACUAGAUUAAUGUAUCCUAUAGUUUAAGGUACGUGUAGUUAACUAUUCUAGAGAGCAUUUUCUUAGUGUCUAAUAGUUUGCCUCAAAACUACUAACAGUGCUGCAUGCAUGCAUGGUUGUGUUUUUGGAAUACCUUAAGGUAACAUAAAUUAUUUUCGCGAGUAUUAAUUUCUGCGAAUGAGAGUAAGAUCCCAAAAAUGUGUACCUAGCUGUAUGCAGAUAAUUGGAAAAUACAAUGAAUCUCAAGUUGCGCAUGAUUAGAAACGCUAUGAAUAACAUUAAUUUCACAACCUUGAGCAGAAUUUAAUACCAGCUAAAUGAUACCUAAAUGAGCUAAACAUAACAGUGAAUUUGCUUAAUGUACCUGUGAAAAUAUGUCACCUUAACGGGUUAGUUAAUCGUAUGUCAUUGUGUGUGUACUAAAUUCACUAAGAAGCUGUAGUAGUCUACUGUUAUAAAGCUUGUCCCCUACCCCU